AUGCGUCGCCACCAGCAUAGGAGGCGAAACUUCUCGUCAGUCUCGAAUUCCGAUCCGGAUUUCGGAGAAGGCGAGGAAGAGGAAGAAGAUGAUGCGGAGGAAGGAUCCGCCUUGGGGCGGCGCCGCCGCCGGGGGAUGAAGAUGAAGUGCCUCUCGAGGACUACGACGGAGAUCGUGACGCCGGCACGUGCCGCGAGUGCUACGAGGAGGCCGGCGAGACGGAGGAGGAGCUAUAGCUCCAAGGUCAACUUCCUCUGGCUGCUGUCCAUCGGCCCUAAUUCGAUCAUCCGGCCCAACACGCUUUGUUCUCUGACGUCGUUCUGGUGGCAUCCGGUUCGCCGGGCUCAUCCGAUUCGCAGUGCAGUUCUCCUUCAAUUAGGGCUCAUCGUGUUGUGUUGGUAUUGUGCCCCUUUUCACCAAUUUCUGUCAAUCAGGUCCCCUGUUUUCAAAGCCAUGCUCGAGAAUGAAAUGGAGGAAAGCCUAAGCGGAACAAUCAAGAUUAGCGAUGUGUCUUACGAUGCCCUCUGUGCAUUUGUCAACUAUCUGUACACUGCCGAAGCUUGUCUGGACGAGCAAAUGGCAUGUGACCUCUUGGUGUUGGCUGAAAAAUACCAG